UUUUCCUGAAUGUCAAUGUCAAUAAAACAGCUGAUGUACUGCUUGCUUUGGUAAUUUAUUUGUUACAUUACAAAUGCGUAUUUAAAUCGCAAUGAAAUGAAUGCAAUAGUGGGAUUGUGCCAUUUUUGUGAGGCUCAUGGCCCACGGCCGCUAUUUUGCACCUUCACCACAGACAAUGACAAAAAUACGACAGAAUCUUCAAGAGCAAGUGUUCAGUGCAGUGGGUGUACUUCCCUGGGCCCAGAAACCGUGUUUGUGUCACGAGAUGAUGAUGGCACCAUAUACUGUAGCAGGGAAUCCGUGCCAAAUGCUGACGUCACAUCGUUUUUGAGACAGGCUGCUAUUAGGAGCAUUACUUGUGAAGUAAAUUGGAAGAAGGAAGGUGGCGUCGUAUACUUCAAUGACACACACGGGCAUGUCCUGAGCCUCACGUUUCAGCUGAAAGACACCUGGGCCAGAGGCCUGAAGAGGUGGUUCUCAAUAGUGGUGCUCAUGAAGGAUAAAAUGCUGCUGUUGAAUAUAACACCACUAUUGUCUGAACAUAUGCAGAAAAUAUCAAAAGAAUUGCAAGAUUUAGCAGAAGCUGUGUUUGAUGCUGAACAAAAAGUCUGUUCUCAAAGAGCUCUCAGACUGAAGACAGGCAGAAAUGACUUUGUUCAGUCUAGAUCAGUAAUGCACUUGACUGGAGAUGAAAAUGUAUUCAACAGGCUGCAUUCUCACUUCACAUGGAUGCUAAAAGCUGGUGCUCACACCUACUCGGAAACAUUAUACACCAGUCAGGAUCUACUCAAGAAGUUACAACCUCAUGCUGUCAAGAAGUCUAUAUUUGAGCCGGGCACUUGUUCAGUGGCCGGUGACAAGGAAUGUGUGGCUCUUAGGCUGCUUGAGAAGCUGGUUUCUAAGGCAGUGUUCAGGAUAUUGAUGUACUGUGCGUUAACUGGAGUUUAUAUUGUUAUAAAAUCAAGUAAUGUUGAAGCAACAACCAUUAUAAAUGGCCUAUCAAGAUUACUGCCAAUGAAAGUUCCUAACAAUCCUAGACUAAGACAGAGUACUAGUGAAGAAUCGUUACCACCAGCUGUAUGCUUAUUGGAAGAAACUGAAAAUAAUAAUUUUAGUUAUAAGUGGGCAGGCUCACUGCCUAAUAAAUGUCCUACACUAAUGACUAGAAUAGAAUCAUCAAUGAAUAAUGAAAAGUUCAAUGAUGAUGUUUUACAUCAACACAUCAAAUCUCUUCAAUUAGAAUGGCUAGGGGUAGUAAAAGCUGUGAAAGCAGCAAUAGAUUCUUCAGGAUCCAGAUCUGAUGCAGUAGCCAAGCUGAAGCUAGUGUUUGGAGUAGGCCAGCAUGAUGAACCUCUUGUGAACUACUGGAUGAGCGUGUUUUGUAGCUGAAUAAGAUAGUAACCGAUAUUAUGUGGUAGCAAUAAAAAUCUGUGAUAUUUGAA